ACGGACGGUGUGUUCAUGUCUCGUCGUACUUACGAUUAACCGUACAUACGGGUCUCUCAUACUAUUUAAAUAAAAAACAUCGAUAAGCAUAAGCAUAAAAUCGGAUUUGAAUAAAUCACCAGCUAAAAUUUCAUACAUAUAUUGAAAUAUUUUAGUUAACUAUAUUUAUACUCGUUUUUAUUUUACAAUUUAGUGUUUUGAUAUGUUAAUGCUGUAUAAAAUAACACCAUAAAAUUAUCCAUUAAUGCUAAUAUUAAAUCGAAUAAUAAUAAAUACCCUAAUUAAUGAUGAAUUUCUGUUGAGGCAGGCAAUCGCUUAUCGUUAUACUUGCCUUGUGCUUUUGAAGUAUCCAUUCUAUAACGAAUCUAAGUGUAGCUGAGUUCAUGGUGCUAACAAUUUGAAACUUGUAGAUUUUAAUCAGAUUUUCUUCAGGGCAAACGCUCAUCCAUCGCUUGGGGUUGUGGCUGAGAUUAAACAUCACCAUCGUACCGGCAUUACACUAACAGUACAAGAAAAAAUCUACGAAAGUCUCGCGGCUGAGUGUUUGAUACGCGGGUGUUUUUUUUUUUUUAAUAUUUCGUGUCCUCUACUGUAGCACAUGCAUAUAUAAGUAUUACAAGACAGAGUUCGGAUUGCAAAUCGCGAAAGUGGGGCCAGCACGUGAAAUCCGGUUUAUCUAUAACGUUUCAUUAAUCGCUGAAAAAUAUGCCGAUUUAACGAAAUCGGUAGUGCAGUGCGUUUUUAUUUUAUAAAUACACGUAUAUAUGGGAUAUGGAUAGGUUAAUGUGUUCAUGGGAUCGUAAUUAAUUCGGGUCACAUUGGAUUUUCACGACGCAGUAAUAAAUAUAACGAGGAAAAGUUGAGAUCACAUCUGAGUACGCUGGGGCAGCACGAGAGAAAAUCAUGGAGACCGAAGAGCUAACUAAGCUCGUCGAUGGUAUCUACAAGAAUAUCUUAGAAAAGUUCAAUCCAGGUGCAAGACAACUUAUCAACGCUGGAAAGGCUUAUCACAGAGCCCUCAAUGAAGCUGCAGAGGCGUCUCGAGUAUACGUGGAUGCCCUGUCCAGGCUGGCGCGUCAGGCACAGCUUGGGACUUGGGGUGGCUCUCAGGAUGUUGGAUCCGCACUCAUGAGGAUAGUCGAGGUUUACAAAGCGAUUCAGGAGCAAGAAACAAUUAUCCUGAAAGCUUUCUACGUCGAUUUGCUCGUACCACUGGAGACGAAUUUGGCGAAGGAUACAAAAGUUGUGCAAAGCGAGCAAAAAAAAUUUCUUCAGCAGCACAAAACGAGAUCCGAGACUUACAGCAAGGCGGCAGCGACGAUGAAGAAGCAACGGAAGAAGUCACGUGGUGCUAGCAAGAGUGGCUUGGCAAUGGACAAAGAGCUGAAGAAUAUGCAGAUACUUGAGGAGGAAAAGUCCAAGCUCGAUGCUUUCUGUGAGCAGAGCUUGAAGAAUGCAAUGACCCAGGAGCGAAGAAGAUAUGGAUUUGUGUUGGAAAGACAGUGCUCACUAGCUAAACACUACGCAAGCUUUCACGAGACUGCUCUUGCUGCUUUUCAUCCCUCGGUCGAUGAGUGGCGCGAGGUUGCCGCCACCAGGGAAUAUCUGCCCCAGUCUGUUGAGGAUAUGUUUGCUUCGAGACUAAGGCAAGUAUCGUUUUGGCACGAAGACGAGGAGAAUUGUGGUUCCGAGUUAACGAUGAGCUCGCAGUUGAGAAAAACGCGAAGCAUGGACAGUUCUUGUCUCGAGCUUCGUCUAGGUCCACCACCGCCACCAGGUCAUCCACCGUCUACGCUUCAUGUUACUGCCAACAAUAAUCUAGCUCCAGCACUUUCGCGAGCCAAGUCCGAGGCUAAUAUUCAUGCUUCAUCGCUUUCUCUCGGACCUGAGGUACCAGAAACUCCACCGCGGCCGAGGUCCAUGGCACCAACUUCGCGGAGCAGCAUAAGCGGCGGCGUUGGUGGGAUUUGCGGAGUGAGUGGAGGUGGAGGGGGCGGAAGUAGCGGCGGGACCGGGGUCUCCAUCGGUGGCUGGGGUGAUUCGCCUCUAGCUCGUGCACUCUUCGCUUAUCUAAGCUCCGGAGAGAAUCAGCUCAGCUUCCUGGAGGGAGACCUUAUCGCCUUGAUGGGAGACCGCCAGAAAGGAUGGCAAUUUGGUGAGAACCUUCGAACUCAGAGCUCUGGAUGGUUCCCGCUUGCCUACACGGAAAUUGUCAUCGAUGAUAAUCUCGGAUCUCCCACUCACGUAAACGAUGGACGUUCGCCUGAACCAAGGGUAGGGCCGCCGUGCAAGCCACCACCUGCUCGACCGCCAGUAACGCCAAAUCUCGAUGAAUUAUCCAUGGGCCACGGUGGCAACGCGAACAAUAAUUCCGUAAACACCAAUAUUUCCAAUGGCACGCCGAUUAAUGUGCCGAAAAGCAAUAGCUCACACAGCAUCGCAACCCCUACGGGACGUCAGCCAAAAUCUAUCCGCCCGUCAGGCACCUUACCGGCGAUGCUAGCAGGUGGUCGAAGGGUUCAACCUCCAGUUCCGCCGGUUCCCCCACCUCAGGCUGUAAGCUCGCUUCACAGUAGUAACGACAGUGGAUUCUCGAAUGAACCCCCGGUACAACCAGACAUCGACUAUAGCGACGACGAUGCCAUGAGACAAAGACGGCGAAAGGUCCGAACUGAUCGAGUUGAAGCUGGGGAUCGCGGGAAACAGCAGCAUCAGCAGCAACGUCAAUCAUCGCGUGAGGACGAUAAAAACUCGAAAGAAUGGGAGAACAACAACGACUCGUGGAAGACAAUACCCCGUGACGAGAAAAACUGGCAAGUGUAUCGUAACGCGAUGGAUAUCUGGGAAACGAACAACGAAAGUGAAAGAAGCGAAAACACUGGAGCAAACAAGCAUUUGAGCACUGCUGGUAGAGGUCGAAGACACCAUCAAGAUCCAAAGAAUUCUCAUUCGGCCAAUGAAUAUUCGACACCGAGUUACCAUCUUAAUUCAGAUUGCGAAAGUUCUCGAGAGAAACGUUCGAGAAAGGGUGAGUCAGGGCGCAAAGGUGAUUAUGAAAUUACGCAAAACUCCAGAAGAUCGGAGAAAGAACACUCGCGUUAUACAAACGGCGACGAACGUUCCGGGGACGAUGGAAGAAGAAAGCAGCGGAACGGUGAUGAGGAACGUCGAGAGAUUUUGAAACAAAAUCACGACAUGGAAGACUCCGAAGACGAAGAUUUGAACGGAGCAAGGAAUGACUUGAACGAAGAUAACUACGAAACGAGUACUGGUUACAAAGACGAUUACGAAGAUAAAAAAUAUUACGAGAGACGAGAUUAUAGCGAUGAACGCGACGAAGCGUCUCGCCGUUACAAACAGGAUGACAACAAUACGAGAGACGAGCAUAAGUACGAGAACGAAAAAAGUGACAGCGAUUCGUCCAGUACAGAUUCUGAUACUUCGACCAUAACAAUACCCGAGACUGGCCGGAAAGUUGAGCACAUUGCCCAGAAACUCGAACAAACUGCCCAAAAGUAUGCCCGCGAGCAUAGUCCACCCAAGUUCGUUGAACGUCGACGCGGAAUUACAAAUGAUUCUGGAUACAAACAGCAGCAGCAGCAGCAUCACCAUCAGCCGGAACAUCAGCAGGAUCAGCACAAAAGAAGCUUGGGGAGAGAUGAAAAACCACCUCCCAGUUACGAGAGAACUUAUGAGAACAACAAUGAAGGAAGAUCAAGAAACUCGCAAAGAUACGAGCGAGGAUACACAGUCGACAGAAGCAACAACAAUAAUAAUAGUAGUAAACAGCAGCCGACGCAAUCUCGAAGUAACACUUCCGGCACUCUGGUCAUCACGAAUUCCGCCAACGGCUCCUUCGAGAGAACGUCUUUUGCGAAAAAUCCGGAGAGGAAGAGAAACAUCGGGGAGAGAGCGAGUUCGGGACGUAGAUUCGACAACCGGCCCAAGCCACCCUUCGAAGAUGCACCGGAAAGGCCAACCCUUGUUCGUCCAUCGAUUUCUGACUACCGCGAACGCAGAUAUUCCGAGAAAGAGGAGAUUUACGGUGAAACAUUGAGAUACUCUGGCAAUCCGUCGACACUGGAGAAAGAUCGUGGCUAUGAGUCGAAUUUCGAGACGAAACUCGAGAGAAACAAGGUGAUGGAGAAAGUUCAGCAAGUUGCUUAUAAAGUUGGACGCGAGGGUGAGAGUAACAAUGGUAAGAAUAACAAUGGGACUAGAAACAGAAAUUCGGACAUCAAUGAUACGAACAAUAAUAUGUUGAAAAACGAUAGAAAGAAUGGUUCGCCUAGACAAACAACUACUCUUGGGCAUUCGGCACAGACCAGCCGUACAUUCGAUCUCGAAACUAAAAGUCCCAAAUUUGUCAAGAGAACUAAAUCGUUUUGGCGCUUUCGACGUGAUUCUGACGUUCUUGAAGGCAUGGCACUCUGGCAGCACCGAUCCCUCGUAGAUAUUCCAAAAAUGUUGAAACACGAAACCAACAAUGAGGAAAAUGAAAAUAGAAUAAAAGAAAAUUCAAUUAGCUGCACAAAAACGAUUACACCCGAAGGAAGUCUAGGUUCCGCUAAAAGUAUAGGAAAGGAAUCGCGAAGCAGCGAUAAUACUCUCACGAACGAUGAGGUUGUUCUCGCCAACGAUAAUCGGGAUCAUAGUCGUUACGACGAACAACGAGAACAACGUCAGGAUGAACCGAAACCUGCCGAGAGAAUGCACGUCCCUGACAAAUCGGACUAUUACGAAUCUGAUUUUCCAACACCCGCCGAAAGACCAAAACUCGUCGAGAGAUCAGAGUACCGAAUGCUACGAGAAGAAAGAUCACUCUUUGUUGGUAAUGUUUCACGUAAAGCGAUUAUCGAGAAAGAACGGAAGCGGAGUCUUGAAGCUAAGAGAAACAUGGUAGUCGCGGAAUUAAAGGAGAACAACGAAGCUGCCAAAGGCGAGAGGAGAAACAAAUCUUAUGGAGAUGAUGAUGAUGGACUUAUUCAAGGCUUUUCCGAGACUGAAGGUUCGGACGAAGAAUCCACUUACAGUUGUAUUAUUGUUAAGGACCAAGCUGUAACAGAAAAGACCCUUUUGCCUAGAACAAAAUUGCGUCGAGAUAGCGAGAGAGAAAAAAAUACUUGUGGACCUUGGUACGAUCUUUGGGGUGUCGAUAAUUCUGUUACUAAGAAAAAUAAGUAAUUCGGAUUCACUUUGAAACAGCACUUGGAGGAAGUACGAUCAUCUAUAUAUACACGCAAAUAUUUUUAUUUUUUCAUUUUUGCUAUAUCAAUAUUUGUAUAUGUAUUUGUUACAUUUCCUAUUAUUUGUUUUUUCUUAAAUUUUAUUCGUAUCGUUAGCUGCUUGCAUAACUGAAAUGAUUUUUAUCUUUAUUCCUUGCUAAAGACGAGCAUAAUUUUAUAACAAGUUGAAAAUGAUCGAUUCUCAUCGCGCUCGAUCAUUCGGCGUAGCUCUUUUGUUCUUAGGAUAUCACAAUAUUGGUAUAUCUUCGAUGUAAUUUGGCAUACGUUUUGGAAUUUUUUUUAUGAGCAAUUUGUUUUGCAGUUGUGAGGACAAAGUUCUGAAUUCAUAUGUACAAUUUAUAAUUGUUCGUACAACUGCAUUAUAUUGCAUUUCCAAAAGCUUAAAUUACUCUUUCCAAUAACGAACAAUAUUUUUCCUUUGUGUCCUGAUGUUUUCUCGGAUCUGAGAAUAUCGUAGAAAAACAACUUAAAUUGCAUUCCUCAGGAACAACGCCUUUGCAACAGUGAAACUCCGAAAAACGAAGACCAACGAUCGUUCAGCACCGGCGCUGUGAUAAUUCUAAAACUCAUCGAGUUUCAUCUUACCAGUCUUAGGUAAAACACCCAGUCGAAUAUCGAAUAUCUUUUCCAACGCCCUAAUCAAAGCUCUGUCGUUUCUUUCACGAGAUACCGAAAUUUCACGAGUCGAAUAAUUCGUUACAAAAAUAGUUAAUCAAACACACACGCAACACAAUCACGAUCCAGAAUUAGACGCGCGGUUACAUAAAUAUCCGUCCAGGUGGGAGAAACAAACUCGUUAUUCUCUCAUCAAGAACUUUCAACACUAAAAAAAAAGAUAAUAAAUCAAAUAACGGCUAAUCGUAACAACGAAUCUGCCAUAAAACUUUUUUAUACAAUUCUUAUUGUCUUUGCACUUUUGCUAAACAAAAAGAAAAAUUUAGUUGUAGAUUUUUCGGCUUAGUGGAUCAAUUUGAACCCUAGCCAGCUAGUACUCGCCAAACACUUGCACUCUGAAAUUUCAGGACAGAUGCUCCUUUGUUGCCUUUUUGUGGACCAGAAAACACUAUGAUGUAAAGGAAAGAUCAUGAAUGAUGAGGACUUUUUCCAUUGCAAAUUCAUUCUUCUGUGCGUUUUCUUAGGCCCUAUUAUUGUUAUUAUUAUUUUCUUUCUCAGCCUAUAUUGUUCGAACUAAGUUCAUAUAAUAAGCUACGGAAACAAGUUGGAGGGAAGAAUACUAGUACGAUCGAUAUCAACCAAGCGAGAAAACCACAGGGCUUCAUUUUAAAUAGCAUCAGGUUCAAGCUGCUCUUUCUCUCUCUCCCUUCGUUUUUUUUGGGUAACUCUUACGUUUAAACUGGGGAACGAUUUUUUCUUCUUUUGUAAGCAACAACGAAGCACUCGUAGGAAAAGCUCUUGAUACCCUCGAUAGAAAAAAAUCUUCAGUGUGCGCAACUCUAUAACCUUGUGAAGACUUUUUAGCGUAAAAACGAAGGGAGAGAGAGAGAGAGAUGGAGAGAUAGAGAGACUAGUGUCUUAUAUGCCCUUCCUGACUGCUUUAUUCUGUUUUAAACUUUUCCUCAUAUUUUUUUUUUCUUUUCCACACUUCCCGUAUCUUACUUAUUUUUGCUUGUCUUCUUUAGUCUGUGGGCCGAGGUUUUUCGCCACUCUCAAACGAGAGAGUCACCAUAGUUUUCAUGAUGCACCCCUGGAUUCCUUCACGAGUGUUAUGAAAGUUUCAUUCGAAGAUCAUAAAACGUCUUUAUAUGUCCGAAAGGACGAGAGACAGAAAGAAAGCCACCUUGGCGACGUCCUCGUGGUGUCGUAAAAUUUCAACUUCACUCGUUGGAAUACCCUCCUUUGCUCUCUUGACUCAUAUAUACAUAUAAAUAGAAGAAAAUUAUAUCACCGUUGUUACUCGUAGUCACUGCUCCCAGUUGUGACCAGCCGUCGAACUAUAUCCAUUUCUCUCUUAUCCACUUUUUCUUUCGAAAUGUCUCCAUUACAUUUUUCUCGUAAAGUUUGCUUUUCCCGUUUCCAUGCUCUCACUUUGCUUCUCUUCCUGCUUAUUUGAUCAUCUUCAAUUCCACAAAAUGUUGCAGAGAGAUAAGGAAAAGAGUUCAUGUCAUAUAAAAAAAGGAAUUCUCAAAAUCAAUCUUGUCUAGUUGUGUUUUCGAAGUCGACCUAUAAAUAGGCAUUUGUACACAGGAACUAAAUGAACUAGAAUUUCUCACAAUCCAAAAUUUGCUUCGGUCCAACUUUACCUAUCUUCUUCUCCUUCUUCUGAACAUCGAAAACAACAAAAGUUUUUAAUAAGACUUAGUAAUCAAUCAAUAAUUUCCGAUCGAUUACGAAAUACCCGUCCACAGAAGGAGACCAAUUUUUUGGGAAAUAUUUUAAAAAAUUGCAGAAUAAAAAUAUUCCUACAUCGAUAUUUCUACUCUGCUAUACGAGAGAUAGUUUGAUAGUUUCCUAUAAAAAAUUGAAUACGCAAAAGCACACGCACGGAUAAGUGCGCGCAUACACAGACUCAAAAAUAAGUACACACAUCAUUCAAGUCUCAUUGGUACACUAGCAGUGGUCAUGAAGAGAUGAUGGAAUGAAAAAAGAAACGAACGAAAAUUAUACUAUUGAAAUUGAAGAACGAGGGCAAAGGUUAGAAAAAGGUUAGAAAAGGAUGCUUCUUCGAAGUACAGUGUCAUGAGUUAAGAUACAAAUGCCGUUAAAUUUAUUUAAUCAGGUAAUGGGAAAACUGUAUUGUGCUAAUAAAAUCAAAAAAGAAUCUAUUGUUUGCUCUUUUACUUAUUUUAUUGUCUACUUUGUCAUUUAUAAUAUUUUGAUUCGUCACACAUAUACAUAAACACGUUACAGUUAGGUGCCACGUAUACGGAUAUAACUCAUGAAUGAAUAAAGUAAAAAUAAAAUGUUAAUAUAUCUGAUAAAUAAAUGUUACAUCGGUGAGAAUGGAUGGUUGUAUCGGGCAAUGCAUCAUUUGAAUUAUAACAGAAAAAAAAUUUUUUUAAAAAUACGAUUUAUAAUAUAAUAGAAAUACAUUGUCUUCCCAGGAAGAAGAAAAAAAAUGUAAAAUAAAUUUUGCCCUUGAUGCUUCCAGUCCAUUUGGGUAGGCUAGAUAAAAAUCAAUAUGAAGAUGAAAUCGAAAUGUUUUUAAUAAAAACCACAUGUAUAUUAAA